CAUGUCAAGCGGAAUGUGCGGGAGGAGGCUAAUGCUUCAGAUGGAACCUCGCUUGGCCGCCGCUUGCAGAAGACCUCCUUGAAGCCGCGGAUAAUUGAUAUCAUGGAGACGGCAGCGAAGUUGCAUUCUACUGUGCAUUUCAGCACGAUGAUGCGCCAUACUGUCAGCCGCCUGCUCGAUCCUCGAGACUGGGCCGAGCCCGCGAUGGGGGCGCACAUGAGGGACCUCACGUGCGACUUCACCCAGGAGUACGCGACGGCAGAAUGGCGCGCUGGCGUCGACGCGAUGCCAGCGGGACUCACCUCCUACGCGAGCAACGCGAAGGAGUGUCGCUGGCGCUGGGGCAAGGCCACGUUCCCGAAGGGCUUCCAGCGCCAGCCGCCAGCGGACAUGAUGUUGCGCUUCAGCAACACGGCGGGCCCGUGGUCGUCGCGCGGGGAGUUCCGCGGGAUGUACAAGCCAGCGGUGACGGACCCGCCUUUGCCAGCUCUCUUGGACCGGAGGGCGCGCGUCCAGUCGCCCAGGCAGCCCGUGGACAUCGACGGCCCGUCGGAGGAGGAGGGGGUCCAGCACGACGUCCUCACGGCAGUCAAGAUGAGGGCCCACUUGAAGAAGCAUGGCCCCGACAGCUGUUUCAAGCACAUCCGCGCGCAGAUUGGCUUCGUCGUAGACGGCCGCCAGUUGGUCGCGGAGCACGUGCAC